AUGGAGGAACCGUUGGAUCUCAUUCGUCUGUCGAUAGACGAGAGGGUUUACGUCAAAUGUCGUGGGGACAGGGAACUGAGGGGACGUCUUCAUGCGUAUGAUCAGCACUUGAAUAUGAUUUUAGGAGAAGUAGAAGAGACUGUUACAAGCACAGAAAUUGAUGAUGAAACUGAUGAAGAAAUUGUCCGCAAGCAAACGAGACAAGUUGGUAUGCUGUUUGUGCGAGGAGAUAUCGUGGUACUGCUUGGAGACAUCUAG